GCUUCAGCCGAGAGGGAGGGAAGAAGCCGAGAGGAUAAGAAAGGGAGUGGAGCUGGCGCCUACGGUGGCCGAAGAGGGACGCGCCGAGCCGGAGGCUGCAGGAUGAUGCGGUUCAUGCUGUUGUUCAGCCGGCAGGGAAAGCUGCGCCUGCAGAAGUGGUACCUGGCCACGUCCGACAAGGAGAGGAAGAAGAUGGUGCGGGAGCUCAUGCAAGUGGUUCUGGCCCGCAAGCCCAAGAUGUGCAGCUUCCUGGAGUGGCGAGACCUCAAAGUCGUCUACAAGAGAUACGCCAGCCUCUACUUCUGCUGCGCCAUCGAGGGCCAAGACAAUGAGCUCAUCACGCUGGAGCUGAUCCACCGGUACGUGGAGCUCCUGGACAAAUACUUUGGCAGCGUGUGCGAACUGGACAUCAUCUUCAACUUUGAGAAAGCCUACUUCAUCUUGGAUGAGUUCCUGAUGGGAGGAGACGUCCAGGACACUUCAAAGAAAAGCGUGCUGAAGGCUAUCGAGCAGGCUGACCUGCUGCAGGAGGAGGAUGAGUCGCCGCGCAGUGUGCUGGAGGAGAUGGGCCUGGCAUAGCCCCAGCCUGGCCCUGGAGACGGGGCCACGGGGGUGGGGGAGGAGCACGCACCGGCUGCCUCUCCCCCGCCUCGCCCAGAGCCCAUCCCCCGCGGUGGGCCCCUGCUGUCCACGCCGUGGGUGGGCCCUUCAACAUUCCCUCUCACUACCCCUGGCCUCCUGCUUCCUCUCCCUCCACCCAAGGCUUCAGGAGCGAGGGGGCAGGGCUGCCUGACCAAGACAGGGGUGCUGUGUAGCUCCUCACGUCCCGCCCCGGACUUCCUCCCCCCAUCCUUCCCCACUGUAAAUAUAUAAACACGCCAGGUUCCAGGGAAAAGGUUUUCAGGGCUCUCGGCUCCCCCUGUGCCCCACAACCUACCUCCACCCCUCCCCCUAGCCAGCUAGGGCAGUUUCUCUGCCUGGGAGGGGGGGCCUUUUUCCUCACCUGCCCCCUACUUCCUCCCUGGCAGUACUGGGGCCUCUGUCCAGUGCCAGCGGAGGAAGAACAAAGUUAAUUUUUUUCUAGCCUUGCCACUUUGAGGGAAGCAAGGGUGGGGAGAGGACGGGCCAUCUGGGCCACAGGCCCUGUCCCUCCUUCACUGCCGUGUUCUGGGGGAGGCUGGAGCCGGGGAGGAGCAGGGAGCCCCUGCCUUUCUUCCAUUUCUUCUGAAAUAAAAGGAAAAACAUUUGUGGA